AUAAUAGUAUGUUGAUAGUGAUAGAUUGAGGAUUUUGAACAAUAAAACAGUGUAUCGUGAACUAUACUUUCAAAUACUCUACUGAAAAUUGGUAGUUUACUUCUACCUCGGUAGUUAUUGACUAGAUUUCUUCUGCCGGAGUUUUAAUAUAUUGUGACAAGAAGAACCGUUUUCUGAACCUGUGGCGAGAUACCAGACUGUAUAGAUUCAUUGAAAAUAUUACAGAGUUGUCAAAAUGAAUCUCAUAGUCAGUUCGAUGUAUGACUUCAGUAGCUUCCUCACCAAAAAUUUGGAUCCACGAUUGGCAGAUUGGCCCUUGAUGUCGAAACCACUUCUAACAUUAGCAAUCUCCCUUUUAUAUAUCUAUAUAGUGAAGAUAUUGGGUCCUGCUCUAAUGGAAAAUAGAAAACCAUUCCAGCUGAAGAAAACAUUGUUUGUAUAUAAUCUAUUUCAAGUCAUAUUCAGUUCAUGGUUAUUCUACAGGUUCGCAAGUGGUGGAUGGUUGACUGGGGAAUACAACUUCAUAUGUCAACCACUUGACACUUCAACUUCACCACAAGCGCUGAUGAUGGUGAGCUCUAUGUAUUGGUACUUCAUUUCCAAAUACACAGAAUUCCUCGAUACGAUAUUUUUCGUAAUGAGAAAAAAAUAUCAACAGAUCACUACUCUACAUGUAAUCCACCACGGCAUAAUGCCUUUCGGGGCCUGGAUUGCUGCUGCUUAUUCUCCAGGAGGUCAAGUGACAUUCGUUCCCUUAUUGAAUACAUUUGUACAUAUCAUUAUGUAUUCUUACUACUUGCUUAGCGCUCUAGGACCAGAGGUUCAAAAAUACCUAUGGUGGAAAAAAUACCUAACCGGACUGCAAAUUACACAAUUCAUAGCCGUUAUUAUUCAAUCCUCACAACCACUGUUCAUUGACUGUCCGUAUCCCAAAGCUAUCUCCUACUGGGUAACUUGUGAAACUGGGUUAUUUUUGUAUCUUUUCAAAAGGUUUUAUGAUGGAGCUUACAACAAAAAGCAAACAGGUGGGGCAUCCAAUGAAGAAGUCAGUGAAAAGUCUUGGCGGCAGAAAGCGGAGAAGAAAACUCACUAGUUUAAAAGUCCAUGUAUUGCAAUGAAACUUUUCAAGAAGAAUAUCUGUAAUAUAACAGUUUGUUUCGAAAAAAUAUAGAAGUAUAAAUUGA